ACUCGGGGCCGCUCUUGGCACGGACGGGGGCAGGACGAGGGUCCCGGGGCGGCAGCCCCUCCUCUCCGGCCCGGCCGGGGGCACACCCGCCAUGUCCCUGCCCCGGUUAGUGUGAGGGGAGCCGCUUCGCCUGCCCGCCCCCCGGGGCGGAGCCGGCCGCGAGCCGAGGCCUGGCGGCCCCGCUUUUCUAGGCCGCGUUGCCAGGGGGACUCGCGCCGGGCCGCUUGGCUCGCACCAGCCGCUGCUGCUGCCCCGCGGGAAAGAGUGAGUCCGCCCUCCGGCACCAGGGAAUAAAAAUAUGAGCAAACAUUAUGGCUGUGCAAACUCAGUUUAGUUUUAAAAUGGACUGGAAUGCCUGAGCCCUCUGGCUUCUCACAAACUGCUAAUAUGGGUCUCUGUCCUAAAGAUUCCUAUAUUGUUGGAGAAAGGAAUGCCAGGAAAAUUCACCUCUCUCAGCUCCAGGCAAUGGAAACCUUAGAAAUGGAGAACAAAGGUAAACAUUGGGUGGAGAAGUUAUUUUCUCCUCAUUUUAGUGCACAAGAUUUUUUUAGUCAAGUCUAUCAGCCUGAAUCGCUGAUCUUUGAAAAAUUGGCUUUAGCGAGAGCAAAGAGAGUGGAAGAAAUCUACAAGAGAGCAAUUAAAAAUUUUCAAGAAGAAAAAAGGCUCAAAAGGAAAGAAUGUUUUUCCAAACUCAUUGUACGAGAAUAUGAACCAAACAUAGUAGGUGCAAAGAUAAACAUUUCAAAGAAGGAAAGAGAAGGGGAUUCUGCCUGCUGUGGAGCUGGUAAUUUAGAUGUUGGGACUGAAGAAAGCUUAAAGAAAAUAGAGGGUCAUUGUAUCUGGAAUGCAAAGGAAUUAGCAGAUUUGCGACAAGAAAUGCACAAGAACCAUGUGGAAGGAGUUUCUCUGAAACUUCAGCUGUCCAUCUUGAAUGCAGAGUUAGUGGAACUGAAAGCUAAAUGCAAAAAAAUACAAGUGGACUUUGAAAAUGCUGAACAAGAACUUCUAAACUCCAAAAAAGAGGUUCGCUGCAAAAAUACCCAAUUACAGCAGAUUCAAAAGGACAGCUUAAAAAAAGAUUUUGAGCUUCAAGCCUUAAAACAACAUUUACAUGAAAAAUCAGCAAACAUAAGAAGCUUAAAUCAAGAGCUGCUUCAGGCAAGAAAAGAGAUUCAGAGUUUGGAUCUAAAGAACAAGGAUUUACAACAAGAAGUUAAGAAGUUAAAACAGCAACAUGAUCUUGGAUAUAAGGCCUGCAUAGAAAAGGUGAAACUGCAUUAUGAUUUAAAAAUAAGAAACAUACAAAAAGAACUGGAGGAUGUUAAAAGUGAGCUGAGUGAUGAAAAGCUUUUGCAUGCUAAGAAUGUUAAGGCUUUAGAAAUACUUAGGAAACAUUUUUCAGCCCAACCAUUAUCUAAUAUAUUUGACAAUCUGAGAGUAGAUUUUCUUUAAAAUAAAGCAAGGAGAGAGAAUCCUUGCUAGUUGCAGUCAAAAAGCCCUAGUAACUAUAUUUGCAGUUGUACUUGACUGUACUUUUCAAAUGCUUCUUGGUUUAAUGUUGGACUUUUAUUGUUAAGUUUUAAGGCAGUCAAGUGUGACAGUAAAACACUAUCUAGUUUUAAAAUAGCUUUGUUCAGAGUUUUGUUUGAGUGAAAUUGUAGGUUGAUUCUUUGACAAGAGUGUCCCUGUGAGUCUUCAUGCCACUGACCUCCAUUAUACCCUUCCUGCAGUAAUAUGCAUCUCCUUUCCCCUGGAGAAUGGCUUUGUAGAGAGGAAACACUAGUUUGUAUUGAGUUAAAUCAUGGCUUUGAUACUUAAUUUGAAUGUCGGGUUCUAUAUCCCUCACUCUUUAGAUGUAUGAAUUGACAUAUGCUGAAUAAACAAAUUCUGACAUGUUCCAGUCAUCUUAAAUGCUAAAAGAAAUAACGUAAUAUAAUAGUCUUGACUUGUAUCUCUGAUUUUCUUUCUGUUUGGUCUGCUUUUGAUAGUUCAUGUCUGAACGGGUGUAUCCAUUGUCACAGUACCAAUCCUUUAGUUUAGGCAAUACCACAUGCAGGUCCUUUGAUUACCCAGCAGGGUGUACUGUCUACACAGCUCUGAAGCAUAAUCCCACUAGAACCUUUAAAUUCUGCUGUACCCAGAUUUUACUUUCUUACAGUUUGCUAAAAAUCAUGUUGCUGUUGCUGUAGCAUUUAGUUUGCAGUUUAUAUUGUUGCUCAUAACUGUUGUAACAAAGAUUUUUCUCUUUAAAAUCUCUUGGAAAUUCAUGUUAAAAUUAUGUGUUGAUUUUUGGAGAAGGUUGUAAAUCUAUACCUUAAUUUGAAAUAAUAUUACUACUAAAUGUGUAAUUAUUAAAUAGUGCACCUGCAUGUGAGAGGAGCUAGUGAUUUUUUCCUAAACAGUCUGUGUGUUAUAACUACGGUCUUUCUCUACUGAAGGUAUGAAUAUAAAUGAUUUAUUUAAUACAGUAUUAUUAAUAAAUUGAUUAUUGAUGUAUAUGUUAUACACAGUGGCUUAAAUUCUCAUUUUAAUUUUGGUUCAAAAGGAUUCCUCUCAAAAACUGAAAAAACUAAAUUCCAGAAACUAUCCUGAGAGCAGAAGUGUAGAAAUCUAGAAUGGUGUAGGAUAAUUCCUAUAGUUUCUUACCUCUUCAUUGUAACAUUUUUCUUGAAUUUUAAUUGGGUAAAUAAAUGAAUCAUGCAGGUCUAUUCACUCCAAAUGAUGAAAUGACUAUUAACUAAUUGUUGCCAUAUGUGUUUUUAGAAUGUCAAAUAUUGAGGUACUGCUACAUCUAAAAUCUAAUUUAUUAUAGCAUUUUACCUGUUUUGGCUAGGAGUUUCUAUAAAUCUAAAUAUAUUUACUCUCCCUGAAAAGUGUCAUGCUUUGUCUAGUUAUAAAUGUAACUUAUAUCAGUCAAGCAAGUGGUAUGUAAUUUGAACUGAGCUAAUUUAAACCUUCAACCAAGCAAUAAGUAUUACUUGUUUAAAUAUUGUAACACCCCGAAAGUUAGAACAUAAGAACGGCCAUGCUGGGUCAGACCAAAGGUCCAUCUAGCCCAGUAUCCUGUCUUCUGACAGUGGCCAAAGCCUCGUGCCCCAAAGGGAAUGAACAGAGCAGGUAAUCUUCAAGUGAUCCAUCCCUUGUUCCCCAUUCCCAGCUUCUGGCAAACAGAGGCUGGGGACACCAUCCCUGUCCAUCCUGAGUAAUAGCCAUUGAUGGACCUAUCCUCCAUGAACUUAUCUAGUUCUUUUUUGAACCCUGUUAUAGUCUUGGUCUUCACAACAUCCUCUGGCAAGGAGUUCCACAGGUUGACUGUGCAUUCUGUGAAAAAAAAUACUUCCUUUAACUCUGACCUUUUGUUUCUCAAGUAUAUCUGCAACCCAAAAUAUGUAGCUGGAAUGUAUAAUAAUGCACAUUAUAAUAAAGUGUGAAGUACUUUA